AUGCGGUCGCUCCUCUGGGCCCUCUGGGCCCUGGGUGCUGCCCCUCAGGUGCUCGCGGCCGACACUCUGAGUACUUCGGGCUUCCAAAUCUGCCAAUCUGACGCUCCUAUCCAGGUCCAGAAACUGGAUGUCUCUUACACUCGCUCAAGCAAAGAAGUUGUCUUCGACGUGGCUGGUACCAAUACGAAGGAACAAAAAGUCAUGGCUACUCUGACGGUCACUGCCUAUGGCAGGCAGGUCUACAGCACGAGCUUUGAUCCGUGCGGCACCAAGGUCCAUGUGGACGAGCUCUGUCCCGUCCCGUCCGGUAACUUUUCAGCACAAGGCAAGAUGGCUGUGCCCGACGAUAUCGCAAGCCAAAUCCCAUCAAUCGCAUUCAAGGUUCCCGACCUCGAUGGCCAAGCCAAGCUGGUCCUUUCAACCGAAGACAACAAGGAGAAUCUCGCAUGCGUGAACGCGGUCUUGUCCAAUGGCAAGUCAGCCGAUGUGACGGGCGUCGCUUGGGUAUCGGCAGGCAUUGCGGCCGGUGCACUAGCGUUUACUGGAGUUUCUGCUAUGGCUGCUGUGGGUGGUCACCCCGGUGCUUCCUCGUCAAGUCCGGGCUUCGGCGAUGUGAUGGGGUGGUUUCACUCAAUGGCUACCAAUGGCAUGCUCAGCGUCAGCUAUCCUCCUAUUUACCAGAGUUUCACCAAGAAUUUCGCCUGGAGUACCGGUCUCAUCUCCUGGAAUGGCUUGCAAGAUUCGAUCGACAACUUCCGAAAAGCGACGGGCGGCAAUUUAACCGACGACAGUUACACUUACCUGGGCACGUUGAAGUCGAAUUCGAAUGCAAACGCCUCGGCCACGAAGCGCAGCCUGGACUUGAUCAGUCGAUCUCUGAACCUGAUCCCCCGCUCCGAUAGCUCGGACGGCUCCAGCAACAGUGAAAUUGAUAAUAUUAAGAAAAUUGCCGAGGAGCUCAUGGUUCCCUCGGCGAAUAUCUUCAUGACUGUUCUGCUGAUCUUUGCGAUUGUCGUCGCUGCAGUCAUCGUUGGAAUUCUGCUCUUCAAAGUGAUCCUGGAGGUCUGGGCCCUCUACGGCAAAUUCCCCGAGAAGUUAACGAGUUUCCGCAAUGACUACUGGGGCCUGAUGGCACGUACCAUCACCAACAUGAUCCUUAUCGUCUAUACUAUCUGGGUGAUGUAUUGUAUAUAUCAGCUCAAGAACGGUGACUCAUGGGCAGCCAAGCUCCUGGCCGGGGUGACCUUGGUGGUGUUCACUGGCGUAUUGGCCUUCUUCGCCUGGCGUAUCAUUCACAUCGCUCGCAAGUACAAGAAGGCCGAAGGAGACACCAGCUCCUUGUACGAGAACAAGGAAACCUGGCGCAAAUACAGUCUCUUCUACGACAACACGAAGACAGACUUCUGGUGGCUCUUCGUGCCGCUCAUCGUAUACAUGCUGGCCAAGGGUUGUAUCAUUGCUGGUGCACAAGGCCAUGGUAUGGCGCAAACCAUUGCCCAAUUGGUCUGCGAGUCUCUCCUCCUUAUCCUGUUGCUCUGGGGUCGGCCCUACGCUCGUAAAUCGACCAUGGGCAUCAACAUGACCAUCCAGAUUGUGCGUGUGCUGUCUGUGGUUUGCGUGCUGGUCUUCAUUGAUGAGCUGGGUCUUUCCCAGACUACCAAAACAGUGACGGGUGUUGUGCUCAUAGUCAUUCAGUCCGUUCUCACUGCCGUUCUCGCAAUCCUCAUCGCUGUCAAUGCUAUGAUCUCGCUCUUCCGAGAGAACAUCCACAAGAAGCGAAGGAGAGAAGCCGAGAAGGCCAAUGGCUUGGACGACCUCACUCCCUUGGAUGCGCGGGAGUCUCUUCUCAUUGAUCACCCUCAAAGAAAAGACUAUACCGAGAUGAGCAACUUCAAUUUCACAGGUCCAUACGAACCGUAUCACGACCACCCUGCUGAUCGGCCUGAUUCGGCCGGUAGCCACAAAGGAUUGGUUUACGCGGACUACGGCGUGGCACAUAGCCACAAUCCUAGUGAUGACUAUCGAGAUGAUGACCGGAGCAGAAGCCCGUCACUUGAGGGGCGGCGUCCCACUGUCCCCGGCUAUGGCAUGGCGUACUAG